AUGGGCGGCAAAGCCAGCCAGCCUGCUGCUGUGUCGACGUCAAUAUCCUCCGAGGGCCACAGUAGCCGACUGCCUGCCUCCCUGUAUACCACAGUGCGUACAUGCUCUCUUUCAUAUGUGUUUAUCAAAGAACCGGAAGUUAGCGAGACAGAGUGGGAAUUGACAUGGUCUCUUGUUGCCGGCCUCUUUGCCUCACUGUCCUUGUCCUUCUGUCCUUCUGUCCUUCUGCCAGUUUCUGGGCUGCCUCCCACCUUUAUGCCUGCCCGCUUAUAUUCACAGCAUCGGCGUCUACCUGCUUCUUGGGUGUCAUUUUCACUUGCCUUUUCCUCUCAUCUCUUCUUCUUCUUCUUCUUCUUCUUCUAUUUAUCUCUCCUUCUUCUCUCCUUCUUAUCCUGCUCUGUCACCUUUCCUACUUUGACGAACGUGACGUCUGGCGAGGACGAUGGCACCUUGUCCUGCUCCUUGAUUCUCAGUGAAGACCCCAAGCAGUCGGUGGACAUCGAGUUCAUGGUCACAGACAUCUCACUGUACCCGAAGGAGCAUGAGUUUCUUAUCUACACUACCUCCGAAGAUGUCCCUCAGUACGUUACAGAAGUGCUUGAACAAGCUCAGCAGGCAAUUAGCCGCCUGGAAAUUCCGGACAUGUUAUCGCAGCUCAGCUAUACAUUCCAGAACAAAAUAGAACCGGAAGAUGAUGGACAAUGCGACUUUGCUGACGACCUUUUUCUAAAUGAUGAUGAGGACUCGGUUUAUUCUGGAAUAGAAGAUGCUAUUCCGGAUCUAAAUGAUGACGAAUAUCACUGGUCUCCUGUUCCGCAGCAGACCCAGCUAACUCACUCGGACACUAUCACAGAAGAGAUACAAGAUUCUGAGGAACUGUUAUGCAAGAUAUCAGAAGACUUGAAAACUGCGAAAUUGGCCGGCUUCCGCGUUGGAUAUCUAGGAAAUAAACUAUGCCCCAUUGUUUCUGUUUCAUGCCGCAUUUCUAAACUUGGAAUAUCAGAAGACGCAAUGAAGGCAUGGCACAUCAAGGAGGAGCAGUAUUUGGUUUGUCUUAUUCGGUACAUUGGGAAAUAUCAAUCUCUGGAAAACCUGCUCCUCGAGGAUGAACUAUCCGGAAAAUCAUCAGUCGAGAUGUUUGACCAAGUUGGCCAAGGCGCAAAGUCCCGCAUUGCUAUAUGUGGGAAUAGCCCACCCAACAAUGACGAUAUUACACAGUUUUGGUCAAACUUGGUCUGGAGCAGAACGGUUUUCAACGAAUGUCAGGGUAAACCCGUCGGCAGCUCGGACCCAAUUUCUCAUAUCUACCAAGAGCCGGAUAUUUCUGAAGAGAAAGCUGCAAUGCUCCCAAGGGCCCUCUCAGCAGAUCAUCUAUUGGAAAAGAAUGGCUCAGGAGCUUCCUUCCCUCUGAUAGCUAUGCAGUUCAUGCUCCGUCAUUUCGUAAGAUGCACGGAGUUCUGUCUUGUCUGUCAUUGCAAGACAAAUGAUAAUUUCGAGGCUUUAAAGCCUUAUGUUUGCUCCAAGAGCUUGUGCCUAUUCCAAUACAUGACUUUAGGAUUCGGGCCUAGCUUGGAGUGGGAGAUCAUGACACAACCCUAUGUGGUUGACUUGCUGGUCAGCUUUACUUAUUCUAGCGCGAUUCGGAGCCGCCUCGUCGACCCACCUACAGGACUUGGGAUUAUGGUUCCAGGUGGCAUGCACGAUGCAAAUUACAAAAAUCUCUGCAAUGAUGCGGCGGAAUCUACAGCCAUCUCUCACAGGGAAAUACGCUUUGAAGUAAGCUUUGACGAAUCAAGUAUGACUAUGAAUUUUGCUGGAAGCGUCCCGGGCCAUCGAGUAUGCACUGGAGACUGGUUAGUCAUUAUCGACGAAGGACGUUACCUCCAUUGUCGUGUCACCAAUACAAGCUUUUGGCCUUCGGUUGACAUUUCAAGCCCAAUCAAGGUAUCAAAGUCUCGAGAGGCCAUAGAGGAUAAGACAAUGCCAAUUCCAAAAUUGGUCAAGGCUGCUUGGUAUGGACAGAACUUCGAUGACCUCAGUCCAAAGGCACAGCAUCAAAUGGUAGUAUCUCUUCUUGAUACCCUUCCAACGGUCGUUGAAAUGAAACAGUACCUGAUGGAGAACUCUAGGGGCUCACAACCCACGCUUACACAAUGGAAAGAUAGGAUUUCAAAAUCAGCUCUCGAUCUGUUACGAUGGAUAGUUGCAUCAAACCGUUCGUGCAUCAUUCAAGACGACCCCGAUCCAACAGAGGACAGUGUUAACGCCGAUCAAGCCAAUGAUGACCGUGUUGGUGGAGUUCCUGGCUAUAUGCAAUUUCGUUUUGCGCAGGGGGCUCCAGACAAGGAGGAACGAUUUUUUAAAGCCGUCAUGGCUAAAAAUAAAAAUUUUAUUCACCCUCAUGCUACUAUUUUUGCCUGGCAUGGUAGCCACCUCUCGAACUGGCACGGCAUUCUACGCGAAGGAUUGCACUUCAAGGAAAUCAUGCAUGGGCGAGCAUUUGGUGAUGGUGUCUACAUGAGCACAAGCUUUACUACGUCUGCAGCCUACAUUAGUCCUAAUUUAGGCCUGAGCUUUGGGUCUCCUACCGAAACCUGGCCCAACAGCAAGUUAGGAGUUACAGGCGCGAUAUCGUUAAACGAAGUGGUAAAUUCUCCUAGUGAGUUUGUCAACACCUCACCACACUUGGUUGUAUCUCAGCUGGAUUGGAUUCAAACGAGAUAUCUGUUUGUUCGAUGCUCCCUGAACAAGGAAAUUGGCCUCAAUUCGCCAUCAAAAUUACUUCCAUAUUAUCAUCAAGAUCCGAAAUACGUUGCCCUAGGCCCAAAUUACAAGACAAUCACAAUUCCUUUGUCGGCAUUCAGCCAGAAGCGCCGCCUUGCUUUGGGCAUGACAGCUGUCAGCCAUCCUCCGGCAAGCACUCCUACUAAUCUCUCUACAAAACAAGGUAACGGCGUUGCAAGCUCGUCAACCAAGAGAGCUAAUUCAAUCUCUAAAUCACCGAUACCCCGGAGCCAAGCUGCUCAGGGCCCAGGUUCCACUUCCGGCUCGGCGAACAGCCAUGCGGGAGUAACCGCACGUUAUUACACUGAUAAUACCACUUCCCAGCAGACUGCUGGUUUGUUUACAUCAGACAAACCCAAUCAUGCGGAGUCCGACGGGUAUCUCAGUGACGAGACAGAUGUUGAUGAUCUUAAUAUCCAUAUAGAGGCUGAUAGCAUCAGAAGUAAACAAGCUAGAGGCAACAAUCCAGAGCAGGCCCCUGAAGAGAGUGGCACCAAGGGCAAAAACAAGGCCCAGAAUGAAACAGACUUUAUCCCCGGGACCCUGGAUCCAGCGUCUCUCCCUAUGAUAGCAGCUCCAGACAAUGCGACUCCUUCAGCAACGGCGUCUCUCCAGCGUGACCUACGAGGAGCGCUUCGCAUUCAGGACAACGAGCCGCUGGCUGAUCUGGGCUGGUAUAUUGACCCAAACCUAGUGAACAAUGUCUACCAAUGGAUUGUGGAGCUACAUUCCUUUGACCCUUCGCUCCCCCUGUCCAAGGAUAUGGCAAAAGCGGGAAUCAAGUCUGUUGUUCUAGAAGUUCGAUUCCCCCAGCAAUACCCAAUGUCGCCACCGUUUGUUCGGGUCAUUCGCCCUCGAUUUUUGGGAUUUCAACAAGGCGGAGGUGGCCAUGUCACCGCUGGUGGCGCACUUUGCAUGGAACUACUAACAAAUUCUGGCUGGUCCGCUGUGUCUAGCAUCGAGAGUGUUUUAUUGCAGGUUCGCCUGGCAAUUUCUAGUACAGACCCUCAACCUGCAAGACUGGUUCCUGGCCAGGAUGCACGGAAGGGUAGGGUUUUGGAAUACGGUGUUGCGGAGGCUGUGGAAGCAUUCAUUAGGGCGUGCAAGGCUCAUGGUUGGCAGAUCCCAGCGGAUUUCCACCGGGAGUCCAAGGCUUCAUUAGCUGCCGAGGCCUCGUCUUAUAAAAAUUGA